CUGGAUUCAACAGUCACAUUGAUACAAGAUUCAUUUUAAAUACAUUUUUGUACUGUAAUAUUUAAGAAGUCCCUACAUAUUCCUGAAUUCUCUUUUCCAGCUCACCAGUAUGUUUCAAAAAUGCUGACAAGGUGCCAAGCCUGAGAGAUUUGUCAAAAUUUGAUGUCCGUGUAACAGGGAAAACCCAAAUCACCACACCAACCAGCAACUUACCUUUCCGUUUUGAGAAACCUAUGGACACAUGUGAUACCAUUGAUAGUGUGUCAAAGUUGAACACUUUCCAAAAGGUCACCAUCAAGGCUAAAGUAAUGGAUAAAAGCCCACCAGAGCAAUUAUCUACAAAGAGCAAAUCUCUGACCAAAGCAGAUGUGGUUGUAGCUGACUCUACCGGUUCUAUCAAGCUCACACUUUGGGAACAGGUCAUUGAACAGAUUGAAGUGUCCAAGUCGUACCUCAUGAAAAGCUUGACAGUUCGUGAAUUUGACAACAACAAAAUCUUAUCGUCAUCUCAAGAUUCAGCAUUUGAAGAAGUUGAUGACAUUGGCCAUGUUAAAUUUGAAAACCAGAAAUCUCUGCAUGAUUCUAUGACAGUAACUGCUGACAUCUUAUCUGUGAACUGUCAAACAAUUAACAAUUGUGUUUCUUGCAGGAAAAACUUGCCACCUGUCAACAGUGAUAUUCCGACAAUCAAAUGUCUCCAUUGUGGAAUACGCCAACGAAUUGCAUCCAUUGCUACAAGUUAUAAAUGUGAAAUUGUCUGCAACACUCAAAAAGGGCACAAAACUUUCUUUAUCCCAAAUAGAGUGCUGCAGUCUUCAGAUAUCACUGCAGGUCUCACUUCUGCUGAUCAAAUAGAGGACUGCUUGUUACAACAACCAAAAAUCACUCUGUCCCUUUCAAAUGCCUUUGUCACACACAUGCAAACCUGCAACAUGCCGUCAACAAGUGAUGAUACAACAGAUAGCUGUAGCUCAGAACCACCAAAAUCAGUAUCUAUUGUCUGAAUUACCAUACUUGAUGAUAAACAUGCUCCAAAACUUUCAAACGAAUUUGUUUCGUCCCUCCAGGAUUUCUUAAUUGAUACAUUAUUUCUAUUUGGACAAUAUUAAUAUACUGCUUUGAUUUAACGACUAUUCCAGAAACAAAUACAUGG